UCGGUCGGUCGGUCAGUCGGUCAGUCGGUCAGUCGGUCAGUCAGUCAGUCAGUCAGUCAUUCAGUCAGAUGCAGAUGUGCCAGAUCUAGAAGGGUUGUUAGUCCAUUUAAUUUUUGUCUUGUUUACAUUUUAUCCCGCCAGUUGCAAGACUCAGCCUGUAGCUUGAACGAAGAGAAAGGUAUUAUACCUCCCCUAGCCCUAGCCGACAGUGAUGACGAAGUGGCGGCCAUCACAAGAACAAAGCGAACAGAGGCGCAACCAGGGGUAUACUUUAAGUUAGAAAACAAGCAUGAUGAUUUGACGUCACCAGUGUCUCAUUUAGUCAGUCAAACAGAGUAUUUAUCUUUGAAUGAUCAAGCUGACCAAUCUGAUCAAGAAUACAUGCCUACUCCCCUUCCAAACCGUAAACUUCAAACCCUGAAUCGACACAUUACCAGUUUGAGUGACGGGCGAGUGAGCCCGGUGCGAUUUCAACUAAACCAAGCCACAACAGAAGUUGCCAGAAGCACUCGUUCUUAUAUUAAACGAAAGGCCAAUAAAGUUGUCACAACAACUCUUGAAUGUAUAGCGCCCGGACAGUCUGAAGAACUUCUCGGGCUAAUAACGGUAUCUUCUUCAACAAUUGAUGACAGACCUGAAAAUGAUGUCAUGAAGACGCUAAUUUCACUAUACAAUGGGGCCACAUCACGGCACACCAAACUGACAUUGUUGUCAAUCUUCGUCAAG